AUGUCUAAAAAAUCAGAAACAGUCCGCCCAGCAUUCCCUGGUCGCGAACGUCCUCUACUAUCAUACGGCAUUGAAUUCCCGGCUGCCGCGGUUCACCACAUCACCGAGACCUUCCGUGCCUCGCGGGUUUAUGUGAUCUGUUCAGGCUCUUUGUCGCGAAACACCGAUGCACUAGAUCGGUUGAUUGCCGCUCUGGGCCCUGAGAAUGUUGCAGGGCGUCGGAUCGGCAUGCAGACUCACACUCUUUGGUCGGAGGUGUUGGAAAUCGUCAAGGAUGCCAGAAAUGUGAAGGCUGAUCUGCUCCUAACUCUUGGUGCGGGGAGCUUGACUGAUGGAGCGAAAAUAACCGCAUUGGCUCUUGCUAAUGAUGUACGGACCGCCGAUGAUCUCAAAAGUCUUGCUCAAGGUCCAAACAGACGGUCGGAAAUACUUGGCCCGUCUGUCCAAAUUAUAUCAAUUCCUACGUCACUUUCUGCUGGCGAGUACUCUGAUUUUGCAGGUGGUACUGAUGACCGCUCUCGCCGCAAGUAUAGCUUUCAAGCACCGUGUCGUGGCCCUCAGCUUGUCAUCCUUGAUCCUGAUCUUGUCACAAAAACGCCCGACUCUAUCUGGUUGAGUACAGGUAUGCGUGCAGUCGACCAUUGCGUCGAAACGCUGUGUGCAGUGGUUGGUGUAUCGCCAGCAUCGGACAAAUUGGCAGAGCGUGCCCUGCUACUACUGGUACCAGGCUUGCUUCAGUGUAAGAAAACCCAAAAAGAUCAUGAUGCCUACCUAUUGUGCCAGCUUGGGUCUGUUGAUGCCAUGGCAGCUUGUACAAGUGGUUCGGUGGAGCUAGGAGCUAGCCAUGGUAUUGGACAUCAACUUGGGCCGCUGGGUGUCGGCCACGGUGAGACUAGCUGUAUUCUCCUCCCAGCCGUGUGUAAGUUUAACGCUGCGUACGAUGCAAACCGCGGCCGUCAAGAGCACGUGCGUAAACUCCUUAUUCAUGAGCCGGCUGUAUUAGGUGUUUUGAAGGAGCGUUCGGUGGACAUUGCCAAAGCUGACCUUGGAGACGUUCUGGAUGCUAUUAUUCGUGAGCUUGGUAUGCCACGGUCGUUGAGGGAUGUACUCGAUGGCCUUGCAGAGCAUAGCCUUGAUGACCGGUGGUGUAAGACCAACCCAGUUCCGCUCAAAGAAAAGGGUCAAGUAUUGGAGAUCCUGGAAAUGGUUUUUUGA